CGGAGGAGGUAAACCGAAGUGACGAUUUGACCGUCCGAGAUUCUAGAAGGUCCCUGAGGCAUCAUCGGUCAAGAACCCUCAACCACAACAAGAAGAAUAAGGAAUCCGCUAAAAACACGUUUAGCUCUCCGAUAAUUCCUAGGGCCGUUCCCUUAAAUCUAUCCGCGCCGAGAAAAUGAACCAGCAACAAGCUGAUCCCAUCACCACCGGAAAGCCACGGACGGAGUCCGACCAGCACCGGGCUCCUCACUCCGAGGACUACGCUCCGUACCCCAAGCUUGAACUAAACGACGUCGCUCCACCUCCUCAGAAUUGGAGCUCCGUCUGCGCAGGCUCCUCAGAUCGUGGCCCAGCGACAAUCUCCGGUGCUGCUGCCACCACCAUGCCGCCCGAGUCUAAUCCUUACGUAACACCUGCUCCGGUUCAGUCCUCCUCCGCCAAGAAUACGAUGGAUACGGUGAAGGAUGUGUUGGGGAAAUGGGGGAAGAAGGCGGCGGACGCAUCCAAGAAGGCAGAGGAUCUCGCUGGAAAUAUGUGGCAGCACCUGAAAACAGGCCCUAGUGUUGCUGAUGCUGCCCUGGGAAGAAUUGCUCAGGGAACCAAGAUUCUUGCAGAGGGUGGUUAUGAAAAUGUCUUCCGACAGUCUUUUGAGACUGUUCCUGAGGAGAAACUUCUGAAGUCCUAUGCAUGCUACCUCUCCACAUCAGCUGGUCCAGUUAUGGGAGUUUUAUAUUUGUCAACAGCAAAGCUUGCAUUUUGUAGUGACAAUCCUCUGUCUUACAAAGUUGGUGACCAGACUGAGCAUAGCUAUUACAAGGUGAUUAUUCCGUUGCAGCAGUUGACGGCAGUUAAUCAAUCAACGAGCAGAGUUAACCCCUCCGAGAAAUACAUCCAAGUAAUCUCUGUUGAUAACCAUGAAUUUUGGUUCAUGGGUUUUGUACACUAUGAUAGUGCUGUGAAAAAUCUCCAAGGAGCAUUAGAGUUCCGCAGCCCAUGAAGUGCUUAUUCUGCUUAGUACAGGUGAGCAUUAUGCCAUCACCACCAAGUUGGUAUAGAAGUAUUUUUAAGGUGAGUGAAUAUGGGGUGCAUGUGGUUUUAUGCUUGUGCUGGAUUUGUUGUGAAGUUACUGUGAUAUUCUUCUGUGAGUGGAGAACCCCAUUGAUUGUAAUUAUGACCUUUGUGAUGUAUUUAGGAUGGUGAAAGUAAUGAAAUUGAUUUAUAUAAGUUUGUUUUUA